AUGUCUAUCCCUGAUAAGAAACAAACACUCUAUUACAAAGAAUGCAACAAAGACCAGAAUGAAUCCAUCAUCUUUCUACAUGGUGGCGGAGGAAGUCACAUUGAGUGGAAACAGGUUGCGAGUCAAUCCUCCAUGGACUCGUAUCAUCUUAUACUUGUCGACCUACCAAUGCACUCAGCAUCCCGUGAUAUAAAGCCCCUCACACUCGACACUGCAGCCGACGAAGUACAAGAGGUCAUCCGCAACCAUGCCCACGGCGGCAAAGCUCAUGUUGUUGGAUUCUCGUUAGGCGGAUUCGUCGCCUUGGUCCUCACCUCACGUCACCCAAACGCUGUGUUAUCAACCUUUGUUACUGGCGCAAACCCAUACCGAGGUCUGUUCAAAUGGGUCAUGCAAAGGCCAACAGCGAUGUGGAUCGUAAACAAGAUACAGAACAUCCCUGGGUUGACGGAAAUGGCACUCAAGAGACAAGGCAUCGACUACGAAGAAUGGAUGGCCGAGACCGAGAAGAACAAGUCACCAGAGAGGGACGAUGCAGUGAGAAGAGAGGUGAGUGAAUUCAGCAUGGAGCAUGUAAAGGCUGUUGGUGAUUCUGGGGUGAGAACUUGUGUCAUUGCAGGCGGCAAGAUGGAUCAAGUUGACGCGGUGAAAGAAAUGGGAGUCGUUUUAAGAGAAGGCGGACACGAGAAAGGAGUUAAGAAUGAAGCAGUCGUGGUGAGAGAUGCAUAUCACCCUUGGCAUUUGCAGUUGCCAGAGCUGUUUGCUGCUGGUGUUGCUGCGUGGCUGGGAAAUAAAGAGUUGCCAAAGGAAUUCGAUAGAUUAUAG